AUGCUGUCAUCCAAAGCAAAUGAAAUAGCUAACAAUGAAAAUGAUAAGGAUUCUUUACAUUCUUAUAGCUAUCAUGUGACACAACAACGACCGAGAAUAUAUGAAAUUCAAGGUCACACAGAGGCGUUUGUUAAAGUACCUGGCCUUACCAUACCUUUUCAUCACACAGUACCCUUAUUAUACAAAAUUCAAUUUGAAGGAAGUUGUUACUCAGGUCAAUCAGCUUGGUUAUACUUGCGUUUUAUGAUUGAUGAUUAUCUGCUUUACGUCGAUAAGUUCGUACCGAAUACAAAUGAUCGGUAUCAAUUGUUUCCAGAAGACACAGAGAAUAAUGGCAUAGAUUAUAUUGGUGGUUUUUAUUGGUAUACAAAUGCAGUGGCAGUCACAACAUGUGCAUUUAGCAGUAUUGUUAAUUUGAACCCUGGUGUGCAUGUAAUUGAUGUCGGUGCCAGAGGUGGAUAUCGCAAUCAUAGCAAUUUUCCAGUAAAGGUUAUUGGUGGUAUUUUAAGAGUUGAAUUAAUUAAUUUCAAAUCUCAAACAAAUAUUGGAAUGACGCCCAUGAAUGUCACCACGACCCAUUUCAGUGGAUGA